GGGAAGGAGAGCAAGGUAACCAAACGGCCAAAGCGACGGGUUCUUCCUUUCUGUUCGCCGGCCCAUGGGGAAGUACAUGAGGAGGAAGCGCGGCAGGGCUGCUGAUGGAGACGGCGAGGCGGCGCCGGCCGCGGUGGUGCUCGGCGGCGGCGUCCGCACGCGGUCCCGCUCCGCGGCCGUCGUCGCGGGAGCCAACCCCGCCAAGAGGAGGAAGCAGGCGGAGGCCGCCACGACGGCGACGGGGUCGGUGGAGGAGGCCGGGUGCUACCUCCAUCUGCGGAGCAGGAGGCUGUUCAUGCCGGUGGCGGUGGCGGCGCGUGGUGAUCUGGGGGUGGAGGAGGCUUCGACGUCGAGGCUGGCCAAUUCAUCUGCUCCUUCAGGGGAGGCGAUCGCCGCCGGGAUCUCGCGCUGCUCUAGCGCCGCGUCGUCCGCGGCAGCUAGGGAGAGGAGCGACGGCGAGGCCGAGGCGUGCGAGAGCCGCGACGACGUGGAGACCUCCGUCAGCGACUCCGAGUGCGGCGCCCGUGUGUGGAGGGAGACGACGCCGUCCAGCCAGCCCCCAGUAGACGACUACAUCAGCGACCUGGAGUCGAGUCAGGCGACGGAUGAGCAGACGCACAGCAAACGCUGCAGCAGGACUCGAGCAACAACGACGACCACAAACACCACGGCAUUCCACCUACAACCGCGGGCGAGGAUGCCGGCUGCGGCAGAGAUCGAGCAGUUCUUCGCCGCCGCCGAGAAGGCCGAGGCCGAACGCUUCGCCGCCAAGUACAACUUCGACGUCGCGCUCGGCCUGCCGCUCGACGCCGGCCGGUUCGAGUGGACGCCGGUGGCCGCCGUCUGA